ACUGAAUGUCCCAUGGGCAUCGCCAGCCAAGCGCGAGCGGACGCUCCCCGGUCCUUUGAGGGCCCCCGGGGGGGCUGUGAGCGCGGCCCCCGGUGCCGGUGCCGGUGCCGGCCGCCCCGCCGCGCCGCACGGAGCAUGCCUCUGAGCCCCGCCGGCAGCAAACAUGAGAGCCCGGAGUCGCCGCCACCAGAGCCGCCGCCGCCACCGGAGCGACAGCCCCGCGCCUCCGCCGGGGAGCCGGGCUCCGGCCUGCGGGAGGAGACGCGCCUGGACCCGAUCCGCGGCCCCGCCGGGCCCCGCUCCCCCAAGCUGGCGGCCCCGGCGCGCAUGGAGGAGCCCGCGCCCGGCGCCAUCGUCGUCCGCAUCGGCAUCCCCGACCUCCAGCAGACGAAGUGUCUGCGGUUGAAUCCGGACGUUCCCGUGUGGGCCUCCAAGCAACGCAUUCUGUGCACCCUCAACCACAGCCUGAAGGAUGUGCUCAACUACGGGCUCUUCCAGCCGGCCUUCAAUGGCAGAGCAGGGAAGUUCCUGGACGAGGAGCGCCUGCUGCGGGAGUACCCCCUGAAUCCCGACACUCCCGUCCCCUACCUGGAGUUCCGGUACAAGCGGCGUGUGUACACCCAGGCUUUACUGGAUGACAAGCAGUUUGCCAAGCUCCAUACCAAGGCAAACCUGAAGAAGUUCAUGGAAUACGUGCAAAUGCUGAACACGGAGAAAGUCUGCAGACUGCUGGAGAAAGGACUGGACCCCAACUUCCAUGACCCAGAUACUGGAGAGUGUCCCCUGACGGCGGCGGCUCAGCUGGAGCUCAGCACUGAGAUGAUCAAAGCCCUGCGGAACGGGGGAGCGCAUUUGGACUUCCGGACACGGGAGGGGAUGACGGCGCUUCACAAAGCCGUGCGGUGCCGCAACCACGCGGCGCUGCUGACAUUGCUGGACCUGGGGGCCUCCCCAGACUACAAGGACAGCCGGGGGCUGACACCACUGUACCACAGUGCCAUGGUGGGAGGGGAUCCCUACUGCUGCGAGCUGCUGCUGCACGACUACGCUCGGCUGGGCUGUGUGGAUGAGAACGGCUGGCAGGAGAUCCACCAGGCAUGUCGCUACGGCCACGUUCAGCACCUGGAGCAUCUUCUCUUCUACGGCGCUGACAUGACUGCGCAGAACGCCUCAGGAAACACCGCUCUUCACAUCUGUGCUCUCUAUAACCAGGAGAGCUGUGCUCGGGUUCUCCUCUUCCGUGGUGCGAGCAAAGAGAUCCGCAACUACAACAGCCAGACGGCGUUCCAGGUGGCCAUAAUUGCAGGAAAUUUUGAGUUGGCUGAAAUCAUCAAAACCCACAAAGAGUCCGAUGUUGUGCCUUUCAGAGAAACCCCCAGCUACACGAAGCGGAGACGGAUCCUCGGUGCCGGCGGCCUCUCCUCCCCUCGGAUGCUGCAGCGCUCGGCCAGCGACAACAACCUGAAGGCAGAGAGCCGGGCAUCCUACUCACCGGUGCCCUCCCUGCGCAGCCUUCCUCCCCAGCUGCUGGCCCAGAUGCAGGAGGCUGCAGUGGGGGUCGGAGGUGGGGAUGGCAGCCUGGCCAGCUCCAGCAGCAUCCGCAGUGCCCACAGCCGCUCCCCAUCCCUGCAACGAGUGCAGGAGGAGAAGGAGGUCGACCUGCCCACGCUACGGAGGAGCAGCCGCAGCAAGGCCAGCCCCGGCGGCCCGGCGGGUCCCCCCGGGCCCGGCCCCGGCCCCGAGCCCGCGCCGCACGCCGCGCCCGCCCCGCUGCGCGGCCCCAAGCGGAAGCUGUACAGCGCCGUGCCCGGCCGUAAGUUCAUCGUGGUGAAGAGCUACGCGCCGCAGGGCGAGGGAGAGAUCCAGCUGAACCGGGGAGAAGCCGUCAAGGUGCUGAGCAUUGGCGAAGGUGGCUUUUGGGAAGGAACUGUGAAAGGAAGGACCGGCUGGUUCCCAGCAGAAUGUGUCGAGGAGGUGCAGAUGCGACAGUACGACCCGCGGCAAGAAACCAGAGAAGACAGAACAAAGCGUCUCUUCCGACAUUAUACUGUGGGCUCUUACGACAAUUUCACCUCUCACAGCGACUACAUCAUCGAGGAGAAGACGGCCGUGCUGCAGAAGAGGGAGCAUGAGGGAUUCGGGUUUGUGUUGCGCGGGGCCAAAGCUGAAACCCCGAUCGAGGAGUUCACCCCGACGCCAGCCUUCCCUGCGCUGCAGUACCUGGAGUCCGUGGACGUGGAGGGCGUUGCGUGGCGAGCGGGGCUCCGCACGGGAGACUUCCUGAUCGAGGUGAACGGCGUCAACGUGGUGAAGGUGGGGCACAAGCAGGUGGUGUCGCUGAUCCGCCAGGGGGGGAACCACCUGGUGAUGAAGGUCGUCUCCGUCAGCCGCAAGCCUGAGUCAGAAGAGGUCGUUCGGAAGAAGGCUCCGCCGCCUCCCAAGAGGGCGCCCAGCACCACGCUGACGCUGCGGUCCAAAUCCAUGACGGCUGAGCUGGAGGAGCUGGCCUCCAUGCGGAGAAGAAAAGGGGAGAAACUGGACGAGAUCCUGGCGGCCGCCGAACCCGCGCUGAGGGCGGACAUCGUGGAGGCGGAUUCUCGGGCGGCCACGGUGAAGCAGCGCCCGACGAGCCGCCGCAUCACCCCGGCGGAGAUCAGUUCCCUCUUUGAGCGGCAGGGCAUGGCGGCCCACGCGGGGGUCCUGGCAGGAGCAGAGAAACCCCACGUGUCACUGCGCAAAGGGAUCCCGAGGACCAAAUCUGUAGGUGAAGACGAGAAACUCGCUGCUUCUCUGCUGGAUGGGAAGUUUCCGCGCAGCACAUCGAUGCAAGACACCGUUAGGGAAGGGCACGGGAUCCCCCCGCCCCCCCAGACGGCCCCGCCCCCGCCUCCUUCUCCAUACUACUUCGACACGGGCCCCCCUCCAUCCUUCUCUCCGCCCCCGCCCCCGGGGAGAGCUUACGACACCAUCAGGUCGAGCUUUAAGCCCAGCCUGGAGGCGAAGCUGCACGGGCUGCCGCAGGUCAUCAGCGCGGCCGAGAUGUACGACCAGGCGAGGACGUCCAUCCCCUAUCCCGAACGGCAGAAGAGGGCCCGAUCCAUGAUAAUCCUGCAGGAUUCCUCCCAUCUUCCCGUGGAGCCGACGGAGAUCCCCCGGCCCAGCCCGUCCGCGACCCCCCCGGAGAAGCUGAAGAGGAAGGGGAGGGUGAUCGACAACCCCUACGCCAACAUGGGGCAGUUCAACGUCAGCCUGUUCGCUCCCACCAAGCCGCAGAGGAAGAAGAGCCCCCUGGUCAAGCAGCUGCAGGUGGAGGACGCCCAGGAGAGGGCGGCGUUGUCCAUCGCGGGGGGCUUCGCCAGGGAGCCCUCCCCCACCCGCAGGAGCCACCGCCUGAGCGGCGUGGACUACCCGCACCACGCCGGCAUGGCGCAGGUGGAGGCCGCGGGCAUCCCGUUCGCCACGGCCAUCGCCGGGGUGAUGAAGGACAGGGAGCGGCGGCUGGACGAGAGGCGCAAAUCCACCGUCUUCCUCUCGGUCGGGGCCAUCGAGGGCACCCCCCCCAGCAGCGACAUGCCCUCCCUGCAGCAGUCCCGGUCCAUCGACGAGCGGCUGCUAGGAAGCCGAGAUGUGCUACUGCCUUCCCCCGUCUCCGCUUUAAAGCCAUUAAUCAGCAGCUCGUCCUCGACGUUCAUCCACCCGCUGACGGGGAAGCCCCUGGACCCCAACUCGCCACUGGCGCUUGCGCUGGCCGCAAGGGAGCGGGCUCUCUCCACGCAGGUCCCGUCCCGGUCGCCCACCCCGAUCCACAGCCCGGACUCCGACCGGGCGGCGCCGCUGUUCGUGGACAUCCAAACCAAAGAACCGGAGAGGGUGGAGCUGGAGAGCCUGGCGUCCCCCGCCUACUCGCCCGGAGCGAAGGGCGCCGCGGCGGCGGAGGCGGCGGCGGCUUUGGCCCCCGCCAAGAGCCCGUGGGGCACCCCGUCCACGCUGAGGAAGGAAGCCGAGGCGAGGGCGGAGGCGCCCGGCAAGGAGGAGAAGAAGCCGGAGGACAAGAAGUCCAUGAUCAUCAGCAUCGUGGACACGUCGCAGCAGAAGACCGCCGGCCUGAUCAUGGUCCACGCCACAAGUAACGGCCAAGACGAGAUCGGACUCGAGGCGAAGGAGGAGAAGCCCGCGGCGCCCGAGGCGUGCGCCGAGCCGGCGGAGCCGCCCGAAGCGGAGCCGCAGCCCAGCCCCGCCGGGAAGGGCCCGGGCAGCCCCGGCGCCGACAAGACGUUGGGGCAGGGCAGCUCGGAGGAGGAGGUGGAGCCCUACGCCGUGGCGCUGCCGCCGGCGCAGCUGUCCUCGAGCGACGAGGAGACCCGGGAGGAGCUGGCCAAGAUCGGGCUGGUGCCUCCGCCCGACGAGUUCGCCAACGGGGUCCUGGUCACCGCCCCCGGCACCCCCGUCAGCCACCUGGCGGCGCCCAGCACGCCAUCCGCACCAGCGGCAGCCGGAGCUCCUCCGACCGCGGGCGGAACACCCUCAGGGAAGCCCCCCGACGCCCCCGCGGCCCCGGAGUCGGCGGCCGACUCGGGCGUGGAGGAGGUGGACACCAGAAGCUCGAGCGACCACCACCUGGAGACCACGAGCACCAUCUCCACGGUGUCCAGCAUGUCGACGCUGUCCUCGGAGAGCGGGGAGCCCACCGACACCUACACUUCCUUUGCGGACGGACAAACUUUUAUACUCGAGAAGCCACCAGUGCCUCCAAAGCCAAAACUCAAGUCCCAGCUCAGCAAGGGGCCAGUUACUUUCAGGGACCCACUUUUGAAGCAGUCUUCGGACAGCGAGCUCAUCUCCCAGCAACACGCGGCCACGCUGGCGUCUGCCAGCAUUGGCCGGCCACGCUACCUCUUUCAGAGAAGGUCCAAGCUGUGGGGGGACCCCAUGGAGAGCCGGCCGAUCCACGGGGCCGACGACGACAAGCCGACUGUGAUCAGCGAGCUGAGCUCCCGCCUGCAGCAGCUCAACAAGGACACGCGGUCGCUGGGGGAGGAGCCGGCCGGCUCCGCGCUGGAUCCCGGCAAGAAGUCUCCGGUGGUCGCGGCACGACUUUUCAGUAGUUUAGGAGAACUCAGCACCAUUUCCCAGCGGAGCUCCGGGACCACCUACACAGUUCGACCCGGCAGUCGCUACCCCGUAACCCGACGUACCCCCAGCCCCGUGAAGCCGGCUCUGGAUCGGACAGAGCCGCUCAGCACCGUGCGGCCCUACGGCCUGACCCCUCCCACCAUCCUCAAAUCUUCCAGCCUCUCCAUCCCACACGAGCCCAAGGAGGUGCGCUUUGUGGUCAGGAGCGUGAGCGCCCGGAGCCGCUCCCCGUCCCCGUCCCCCUCGCCAGGGCCGCCCCUGCACACCCUCCACCCGCCGAGGCCCUUCAUGCAGAAACCCCUCCACCUGUGGAACAAGUACGACGUUGGGGACUGGCUGGAAAGCAUCAACUUGGUGGAGCACCGAGACAAGUUUGAGGACCAUGAGAUCGAGGGCACGCAUCUGCCCGCCCUCACUAAGGAGGAUUUUGUGGAGUUGGGGGUGACACGGGUCGGCCACCGGAUGAACAUUGAGCGGGCGCUCAAGCAGCUGGUGGACAGCUGACCGUGCUAGGCAGCGCCGGCCUCUUCCAGAGCCACAGAUGGGGCGGGGGGACGUUUCUACUAGACUAAUAAAACCCAUUUUGAUUCUCUUUCUACUCUGAGCACUGCACUGAAGGGUGCGGAGCCUGACGGCUCCCACCUGCUCCCAGGCGGCCCCGCGCCGCGCAACACGCAGCCCCGCUCGGCCCCGCCGGCCCCGCGACGCCUUCAGGAAAAGGAAUGUUGCAUGAAAUACAUCCUCUUUUCCGUCCCUCCCAGAGAGUCCGGCCUGUAUAUCGCUUGAUGUGCUCUUGCCUGGGGGCGUCGCUGGUGGCCGGAAGGGCCGAGGAGCCACGUGCCGCCAUGUCCGGGCUCUGUGCCUGGCCUGUGGCACGGCGACACCUGGCUGGGGCUGGGGGCCGAUCCACCGCCAGGCGAGGAGCCUGACCUUCCUGCAGGCACCUCGUGUGGCAGGUGGGAACAGGCCGACCAGGCCCUGGGGUGUGCAGCACAGCCAGGCCCAGCAGUGCAGCCAGGCCCAGCAAUGCUGCCAGGCCCAGCACAGGCCCGGCGGUGCAGCCAGGCCCAGCAGUGCGGCUAAACCCAGUGGUGCAGCCAGGCCCAGCGACACAGCUAGGCUGGGUGGCACAGCGAGGCCCGGCUGCACAGCUAGGCCCAGUGGUGCACUUAGGCCCAGCAGUGCAACUAGGCCCAGUGACGUGGCUGGGCUCAAUGGCGCACCCAGGCCCAGCGGCACAACGAGGCCUGGUGGCACAGUUAGGCCCAGUUAGGCCACAACAAGGCCUGGUGGCACAGCUAGGCCCAGCAGCACAGUUAGGCCCAGUUAGGCCACAGCGAGGCCUGGUGGCACAGCUAGGCCCAGCGGCACAGUUAGGCCCAGUUAGGCCACAACGAGGCCUGGUGGCGCGGCUAGGCCGGGCGGUGCCGCCUGCUGCGGGAGGCAGGCAGGGUGCUGAGGGGGGGGAGCAGCCUCGGCAGCGGGGCGGCCCAGCGAGGGGCCCUGGUGCCGUGGGGGGGGCCGCCCCGCUCCCGCCCCGCUCCUCGCCCCGCAGCCCCUCGUCCGGCUCUCCCGGCAGACCGGAGCCGUGCGAGAGAGGAGAGGGACCGAAACCGCAUGGAUUGAAGCAUGUUUGGGGGGUGUCGAGGGAGGCUGGUGGGGACCCAGCAGCAAACGCUUUGCCAACGGUGAGGGUGGGGGGUGGGGGGAGGUGUUUGGUUUCCUCUUGGUUUGGGGUCUUGUUUCCAAGGGGACGCGUUGAUGGGUAAUAUUUAAUCUCCGUGCAUUUAUAUAGAGAGCAGCUGAUGAUCUACAAGAGACGAUUCUGACCUACAGGAUUCCCACUCUGUCCUUGCCAUCCUUAUUUUGCAUCUUUUUAAUCAAUCGAUCAGCUAUAUAUUUGGAAAGAGAGAACAGAUAUCUAUAUAUCUAUAUCUAUAGCUAUAGCCACCCGAUUUUGUUAUAGUUUUACUAAAUCUAUUUAUCUCUAGACGUGUUGAGAUGCUGACGAGGCGGUGCCCGCACCCCUCCCCCAGGAUGCCCAUCGCUCGUGGGACUUUUUAGCGACUGACUGAAUGAAUGUUAAAAAAAAAAAAGAAAAAAAAAGAAAAAAAAAAAAGAAAAAAAAAAAAAAAGAGCCUUUUUAAGAAAAAAAACCUUAAAAAAAAAAAAAAACCCAACAGCUCCUUUCAGACGCUCCGGAUUUUAAAGAUUUAGAAACACGAAGCAACGAAUCCGCUCGGUUUUUGGGACACACCACGUCUUCCAUCCCCGCAGGCAGAGAGGCAGCCGCAUGGAGGUGGAGAGCUUCCAGGCCCCGCUCCCCGGGCGCUGCUCUCCCUCCGGUGCCGGGGAGCCCGCAGACCCACGGCCUGGAGCGGCCCCGGUGCUGGGGGGCAGCAGCCCCGCUCCCGUUCCCGCACCCCAUGCGCUCCCCUCGCCGGCAUCGCGCGCCCAGGCUCAGGGGUGGCCAGGGGACGGCUUGGUGACCGGUGUUCCCCAAAAGCCGAGUCCCCCGUGAAGGCAUUAACUCUUCUGGUGCUAGAGGGAAGGACAAGGAGGUUCCUUCUGACCCUCACACAUCUACGAACCUUUACAACCUUCAGCCAGUGGAAGGCCCAGGGCUGGGGCUGCGGCCCCUUCCCCUGUGCGCGGCCCCCGGCUGAGCCCCUCGUUUGGGCCCCGGCGGCUGCGGUGCUGUCUCCUUACCCUGAGCUCUCGGCCCGUGCGGCUCCAUCCAGAGCUCUCCGGAAACCACUGAAUUCUGUGUAUCCACAGCGCUUCUUCCCUCCCCGUGCGACGCCCCAGCGCUUGCAUGGGGAAGGCAAGGGGCUCCCAACCUGUACCUUCUUAUUCUGCAAGCAAAAAUCCCGCUGUAGAUACCCAGGGUGCUCCGGGCCUCCCGCCCAAUACCGGGGGAGCCGGGAGGCGUCCCAGCUUUGGCUGCAGCCAUCGCGUCCACCCGAGGCCGCCUCCUUGCUGGCCGGCUUUGCUGCUGCGCCCAUCCUCCUGUGUGUGCCGAUGCUGCGCUGCCGUGUGCCCACAUCCCACCCUGUGCUGUUACCACCUCUGGUCCCAUCCAGCCCCACCACCGCGCUCCCAUCGCCCCCCGUACCCCGCCACGCUCCCCAGUCCCUCCUCAUGGUCUCUCUGCAUUCUGACACAAGCAUCUCAUUGCCCCCACCCUUCAUCCUCAGCUCCCCGCAGCCCCCCGUCACCCACAUUGCACCCCCUGUGCCCACCCUGGCAUGAGUGAGCGCCCUCUGGUUACCAGACUUUCUCGCAUGCUCACGCACAGAGGCGGUCCUGCACCUCAGACGUGCGGCAGCCACUGCUGCUCUGCAGUCCCCCGUGCUCUGCGUGCAUCUCGUCCUCGCCUGCUGCUCUGCAGUGCCCGGAUCUCGGAGCCGUGUGGGAGCCAAGUGUGUUCCCCACAACCCCAACCUUCCUUCGUGCUGCUUCUGUUCCAUCAGCCCACGCCUGGCGAGGCGGCACGGCCGCGUCCUGUGGGCGCUCUGCAUCGCUGCAUGGCCGCAGCCCUGUGCCCUGCAGACUGCCACAAACCCUGCAGAGCACUGGGAUUUCUGCAGACCACCCACCCACCCUUCCGCCCCUCGCGCUGCUUCUGCAGGGCCGCCCCGCUGUGCUGUGGGAAUGCCCAUGGGGCUUCCUGCGGGAACGCCGUGGGGCUUCUGUGCUGUUGCUCCAUCGGCCGCGCGCCCCACGCUGUGCUCUCCUGCUGCAUGUCCCACACCUGUCACUCAUGCGCUGUCCUGCGUGCCGCAGCUCGUCGUGCUGCAAACCCCUGCACCUCUGCAGGUUCAGCCGAGGCUGCCCAGCUUGGUUCUGCAGCCCGGCACCUGCACCCUGCUCCCACCUCCUCCAUCCCCAUCCCCAUCUCCAUCCCUAUUCCAUCAUCUCCAUCCCUAUUCCCAUCCCUAUUUCCAUCCCCAUUCCGAUCCCUGUCCACAUUCCCAUCCCUAUCCCUAUCUCCAUCCCUAUUCCAUCAUCUCCAUCCCUAUUCCCAUCCCUAUUUCCAUCCCCAUUCCGAUCCCUGUCCACAUCCCCAUCCCCAUCCCCAUCUCCAUCCCUAUUCCAUCAUCUCCAUCCCUAUUCCCAUCCCUAUUUCCAUCCCCAUUCUGAUCCCUGUCCACAUUCCCAUCCCCAUUCCCAUCUCCAUCCCUAUUCCAAUUCCCAUCCCUAUUCCCAUCCCCAUUCAGAUCCCUGUCCACAUUCCCAUCCCCAUCCCCAUCUCCAUCCCUAUUCCAUCAUCUCCAUCCCUAUUCCCAUCCCUAUUUCCAUCCCCAUUCCGAUCCCUGUCCACAUUCCCAUCCCCAUCCCCAUCUCCAUCCCUAUUCCAAUUCCCAUCCCUAUUCCCAUCCCCAUCCCCAUCCUUAUCCCCAUUCCCAACCCCAUCCCCAUUUCCCUUCUCCCCACUCCUGCAGGUAACGCAGACCCCGGCAGCCCCCACCCCAGGGAGCAGCGCAGUCCCGCUGCCCGGCACCCCCCCGGCACAGCCCUGAGCCCCCGCUGCUCGGUGCACAGGUUGGAGUGUUCCGUGUUGCCCUGAGUGCAGGCAGCUCCUCCGGCCCCGUCCGAGGAGUUCGGGUCUCUGCCCCUUCCGCAGCUGCUUCUGGGGCGACCCCCAGAGACCCCCGCCUGCAGCCGCCCCUCUCCGCGAGGGGCCAGAAGACUGCAGAGCGAAACUAUUCUGCAGGACGUUCGGUCUGGGACCGGGAAGCUGAACGCCUUCUUGCCAUUUCCAAAGAGCCUUCCUUACCCUCCUGCUGCCCCGUCCUCCCCCCGGGCCUGGAGAUGGACGGUGGGCACACAGUUCUGCCUGGCGCCCGCGCCGCCGUGUGCCCCCCAGCUCCCACCGUGCCAAGCAGCUGCAGCCGUACCUGUGUUGGACAACACUGCGUGACCGCGGGGCACGGCCCUGCGGCACCACGGCUCGUCCCAGUCAGGAGAACACAAAAGAAGGCGACACCCAACCGUGGCUGUGCCACCGCCCCCUCCCCGCGGCUGCUCGGGUCUGCGCCAAGCCCUGCUUCCAGCACAGCACCUCCUCAGUGCCCAUCCCUUCCAUGUGCACGUCCCCCCAUCUCAGUGCCCAUCCCUUCCAUGCCCUCACCCAACCAUCUCAAUGCCCAUCCCUUCCGUGCCCUCACCCCCCAUCUCAGUGCCCACCCCUCCAUGCCCCAUCCUCCCAUCUCAGUGCCCACCCCUCCAUGCCCUCACUCCCCCAUCUCAAUGCCCAUCCCUUCCGUGCCCUCACCCCCCAUCUCAAUUCCCAUCCCUUCCAUGCCUUCACCCCCCCCAACACUCAUCCCUUCCAUGCCCACGUCCCCCCAUCUCAGUGCCCACCCCUCCAUGCCCCAUCCCCCCAUCUCAAUGCCCAUCCCUUCCAUGCCCUCACCCCCCCAUCUCAGUGCCCAUCCCUUCCAUGCCCUCAUCCCCCCAUCUCAAUGCCCAUCCCUUCCAUGUCCACAUCCCCCCAUCUCAGUGCCCACCCCUCCGUGCCCCAUCCUCCCAUCUCAGUGCCCAUCCCUUCCGUGCCCUCAUCCCCCCCGUCUCAGUGCCCAUCCCUUCCAUGCCCUCAUCCCCCCCGUCUCAGUGCCCACCCCUUCCAUGUCCACAUCCCCCCAUCUCAGUGCCCACCCCUUCCAUGCCCUCCCCCCCCCAUCUGAGUGCCCACGGCCGGAUGCACACGGAGCUCCAUGAGCAUGGGCUCAGGGCUUUGGAGACGGCCCCGCACAGCCCCCCAGGAGCAGUGAGUGUGGAUCGGCCCCAACAGCGGUCGCAUCCCACGAUCAUUUCUGGUCCCACCCAGACAGAACGCACCGUUCCAGCUCACGCAGCUGCUGCUACUUAACCUUUAUGUUUGUUUUUUUUCUCAGCUGAAGCAAAGAGGAUUUUUUUUCCCAUGUGUAGAUAGCUCUUUUCUGACUUUAGAUCGACUCUGAUGGCAUUGGCAUCUCCACCCCGAGCAUCCCGGACCCAGUGAGAGCUUCGCUUUGACAAGCCAUUCAGGAGGAGGCCGAGCGCGCGGCGCCCGCUGCCCUCACUGUGAUGCUCAUGGCUUCUCGACAUUGGGUUACUUCUGUACAAAGGGAGACACUUUUGGGUUGGUUUUUUUUCCUUUUUUUUUUUUUUUUCCUUUCUUUUUUUCUGGCUUUGAAGGGAAUUUUUAAGAAAAAAAAAAAAAAAACAGUUGUUGGUAUUUUUUUCCUUUGUCCAAACAAAAUCCAUCGAUCCUCAUUCUUCAUUACCCCUCCUCUGUAACUCUGACGUUAGGAGAAAAGGAACCAAAACCCAACGCGCUUUGUGACUGAUGGCCAUGGGCAGCCAAAGGCAGUGUGCUUUGUGGCUGAUGGCCAUGAGCAACUGAACCCAAUAUGCUUUGUUACCGAUGGCCAUGGGCAGCCCAAGCCAACAUGCUUUGUUACCGAUGGCCAUGGGCAGCCAAAGCCAAUGUGCUUUGUUACCGAUGGCCAUGGGCAACUGAACCCAAUAUGCUUUGUUAUCAAUGGCCAUGGGCAGCCCAAGCCAAUGUGCUUUGUUACCGAUGGCCAUGGGCAACUGAACCCAAUAUGCUUUGUUACCGAUGGCCAUGGGAAACUGAACCCAAUAUGCUUUGUUACCAAUGGCCAUGGGCAGCCCAAGCCAAUGUGCUUUGUUACUGAUGGCCAUGGGCAACUGAACCCAACGUGCUUUGUUACCAAUGGCCAUGGGCAGCCAAAGGCAGUGUGCUUUGUGGCUGAUGGCCAUGGGCAACUGAACCCAAUAUGCUUUGUUACUGAUGGCCAUGGGCAGCCCAAGCCAAUGUGCUUUGUUACCGAUGGCCAUGGGCAACUGAACCCAACGUGCUUUGUUACCAAUGGCCAUGGGCAGCCCAAGCCAAUGUGCUUUGUUACCGAUGGCCAUGGGCAACUGAACCCAAUAUGCUUUGUUACUGAUGGCCAUGGGCAGCCCAAGCCAAUGUGCUUUGUUACUGAUGGCCAUGGGCAACUGAACCCAAUGUGCUUUGUUACCGAUGGCCAUGGGCAGCCAAAGCCAACGUGCUAUGUGGCUGAUGGCCAUGGGAAACUGAACCCAACGUGCUUUGUUACCGAUGGCCAUGGGAAACUGAACCCAACGUGCUUUGUUACCGAUGGCCAUGGGCAACCAAAGCCAAUGUGCUUUGUUACUGAUGGCCAUGGGAAACUGAACCCAAUGUGCUUUGUUACCGAUGGCCAUGGGCAACUGAACCCAACGUGUUUUGUUACCGAUGGCCAUGGGCAACUGAACCCAAUAUGUUUUGUUACUGAUGGCCAUGGGCAGCCCAAGCCAACGUGCUUUGUUACUGAUGGCCAUGGGCAACUGAACCCAACGUGCUUCGUUACCAAUGGCCAUGGGCAACUGAACCCAACGUGUUUUGUUACUGAUGGCCAUGGGCAACUGAACCCAACGUGCUUUGUUACCAAUGGCCAUGGGCAACUGAACCCAACGUGUUUUGUUACUGAUGGCCAUGGGCUGCCAAACCCAACAUGCUUUGUUACCGAUGGCCAUGGGCAACUGAACCCAACGUGUUUUGUUACUGAUGGCCAUGGGCAACUGAACCCAACGUGCUUCGUUGCCGAUGGCCAUGAGCUCUGGCAGCAGCACAGUGCGUCCCGGUUUGAUUCCUGCAGCACACGUGCAUCCCCCAUUGCUGGCAUGCCUGUAGACAUGUGCGUAUGUACCCACACACACACACACGGCCCCCGGGCACGUGCACACUCUACACGGACUCUGCAUGUGCAUCGACACGCUUGCACCUCGCACACGCGUGCGUGGAGCCGCAGGCGCACGUCCCACCUCCACACUCGUUCCCUCCCGGCCGAACUCACCUGUGGGUUUUUGUUCUGUUUUUAAUUUUACAGGGUCAGUUUGACUUCACCCUUAUUUUGUAUGGAUUUUUGGAGGAGAUUUCUCCUUCUCCAGAGUCAUGGAGGUGUGGCCAUUCGCCUCCCGCCCUUGACGUUGUGAUACACAUACCCCACAGAGAUCUAUGUUUCUUAUAUUAUAUUAUUAUUAUUAUUAUUAUGUAAUAAAUUUAUAAGAAAGCUUCA